CGUAACCCCUCUCACUCUUCAAAUUUCAGCAACCAAAACCGAGCAACAUACAUAGAACAUGAAUUUUCGGUAUCCUUUAAUUUUCGUAUUGUAGCCUAAUGAUGUUUUUAGUAGUUAUAUUGUUAUGUUAUGAAUUACUUAUCAUAGCAAAUAUGUUCUGUUAUUUGGGGAAUUUAUGCUGUUGUUAGUUAGUUGAAUUUAUGUUAGUUAUGAGAUGGAGUAAUAUUAGUCGUACAAUAUGGUUUUUGUUAAUUUUACUGGAAUUAAGCUAAUAGUUACUUAUUGUAAAUUGUAGAUAUGGGUAAAUUCAAGAAGUUUCAGCUUAUUAUUUGGUGGAAUGGAAGGGUGACAAACUCUGACAUAGGGAUUGAUUAUGAGGACGGUGAAUCCACUAUGCUGAAAAUUGAGUCACGAUUCAAUUUUCAAGAACUCUGUGAUAUUUGUGCAGACAGGGUUUGUACGAGCGGACAUACGAGACUUGGUAAAAUUAGUUACCGGUAUCCAGACAUCAGUGCUGGCGGGGUUGUGUACCAAGAAGUUGUCAUAAACGAUGAUGACGCGGUUACGAUGAUGUUACAGUUCCUAAGCGAUAACGUGAUGCGGCUUGCAAAGCCGUAUGUUGAGACCGAGGUGGUCGGUGAAACUCAUUCUCACCAGUAUUCUUAUGAUGAUGGUUUUGCAGGAGGGUACAGAUGGGGUGGUAGUUCGAGCAACUACGAAGGAGGUGGUUAUACAGGAGGUUACGGAGAGGGUGGUAGUUCAAGCAACUACGGUGGAUGUAGUAGUGCAGGAUGGGUCGUCCUAAGAUUGAAAGGAUUCACAAUGAGAUGGAUCAAGUGCAACGCACGAGGUGGGGGCCGAAGCGAUGCUCCAAGUGCAGACAACCUGGCCAUGACAAGAGGCGUUGACCAGGAUAACCUAUCGGGCAUGGUGAGGAUAUUAAUCAGGACCAACCUUGAAAAAGUGAUAUAUCUUAAUUAUCAUUUAGUUGUAAUGAUGUUUAAAUUGUAAGCUUGUUUAAUGAUUGGCAUGAAUUUGGAAUAAAUUUAAAUGGGGUCC